GUAUUUAAGGUAUAGGUGCUUCACCAUCUUCGACGAUUGAAUAGCCAGAACAUCAUCAGUCACACGCCACAACAGCAUCAACAAUCUCAACAUCAUCAGCCACCCCCUCCACCAUCAACCUUCACCACUUCUCACCAUGACGACCAAUUCAUUCGGCGGAGGUCUUCCCCCCUUCGACUUCAACCAACAAGUCAAGCCAGCUGUCUCCAGAUUGUCCAGGAGCAUGCCCCUCUUAGCUCGACUAGUCCCCGUGGUCACAGUAGCAGCAUUUGGUCAGUUUUGGCCCUAUCCAACUCCCGGUUCUCAUGCGAAGUUGCUAAUGUCUCUACCAUAGCCUACUACGCCAGCUCAGAAAU